AACGACAAAAAGAUACUGUCAAACGGUGCUGGCGAUGCCCGAGGUCAAUCGGUUUUCCACUUUCAUCGACUUCCGUUUCUAUAGACCUUCAGAAGUUGCUCUUGUUCUUCAGUGUGGGGAGUGCUCAACAGUGACAAGGUCGCUUAACAGUGUGCAAGUAGAAGAUACGUUCUCUGUAGUGUUGUGUACGAUCGGUCGAGCGGCUUUCACUUUUGCUACAACUGUUUGCAUUGCAAGAGAAAACACAAAAUCAGCAGUAUGGCUUUGAAUGUAUUUACCUUGCUUAUGAACUUGUUGGUUUUAAUUUGUUUCGUCUCGAAUACGUUGGCCUACGAUCCGAGUGACAAAUCGUUGAAGGAUAUUCUACUUCCGGAGGGACAGUUCGAAGCGUUUUAUCUGAAAGGAUCACAGGAUGAGGAACAAAACGCGGUCAGACCGGCGCAUCUUCAUGGAUCGUUUCACCAGUACAAGAAUCCCGCUCUCGUUGGAGCACCCAACAGUGCUGCAUACGGUUUCCGUUUCGAUGGAAAGCGUCGUUUCAAUUACGAUUAAAUUGCAAUGAAUUCUUUGAAAUCUAGUUUCAAUGUCUCCUGUUAUAGAUUUAGAAAUUUCUAACAAGUGCAAUGUAUUCUAUAUAUGUAUGUAUGCAUCUAGGUGCUGUUUGUUAAGUAGUUCAACGGAGAGAUAAAACACUUUAAAGUA